AUGGUAAGGCCAGGAAUUCAGCAUAGGAUAGAUGAAAUAAAAGAAGUCUUCAGUGAAAUCAAGGAAAACAUCGAUGGAAACCCAUCCAGCAGAAUCAGGAAAGACUCCAUCCUGCUAGAGAUAUGUACACCUGGAACUUGUGGAUACAACGGAUGCAGUAGGUCUACAAGAAAUAGAGAGUCGGAGCUUCUUGAAAGAAUAGAGGAAUUAGAGUCUGCAAUAGAGAGACUGAAACAAGCUUCAGAUAGUAAUAUCAAUUCAAGACAAUCGAAUGUGGAGGAUAUCAAUGCUAUGUUGCAAGGAAAGGAUAGUGAAAUACAAAGGAUGAAGGAAGAACUCUCUAGGAUUUUAUCUAUGAAUGAUCAUCUCCAAAGAGUCAAUUCAGAGAUGCAAUGUCGUCUAAACAUGUACAAAGAAAAAGCUUCUAAAUUGGAAGAAAUCAAGAAGGAAUGUCUAGAGCAUAAAGAAACCAUAUCGAAGCUUAGAAAUGAAAUAAUGGUUCUCAAAGGUUCCAUUCAGAUAAUUUGCCGGAUAAGGCCCAAUACUCCCAACCACCACGGAUCGAGAAUAGAAAUUUCAGAUGGAUAUCUAAGGAUUAGUACAGAUAGCAAGGAGCACGGAUUUUCAUUUGAUAAAGUGUUUGGACCCCAUGCAACCCAAAAGUGCGUAUAUAGAGAGAUGGAAUCAACUUUUCAGUCUGUAUUAGAGGGGUACAGUGUGUGUGUGUUUGCAUACGGUCAGACAGGAAGCGGAAAGACAUAUACUAUGGAAGGCGUUGAUGGAGAUCCAGGGCUGAUUGUUCGAGCACUGAAGGAUGUAUACUGUAUUAUUGAGGAACUGAAGGAAGAUGGAUGGGGCUUGGAUAUCACAUGCAGCUAUGUGGAAAUAUAUAAUGAGGAUGUGGUGGAUCUGUUUUCUGAAGACAUGAAAAAAGUCACGAUUGUCCAUAAAGAUGUAAAUAUAAACAUGAACUGUAUCAGUGUACCUAUCCAUAAUAUAUCAGAUGCCAUUAGAUUGUUCCAAGAUGGAGCAAGGAGAAGGAGUGUUGGAAGUACUAAAUGCAACUCGAAGUCAAGUAGAAGCCAUGCUGUUUAUAUCUUGAGGAUAAAAAUGAACAAUGAAGCCUUGAAGCAACAAAAGGAAGGCGCCAUGGUUUUUGUAGAUCUGGCAGGGUCUGAAAGGCUAAGUGUCUCUAGGGCCGAGGGAAUUAGGUUAAAGGAAACGCAGAGCAUAAACAAAAGUCUAUCAGCCUUGGGAGAUGUCUUUAACUCCAUUCUAAGGAAGGAUAGCCAUAUUCCCUUCAGGAACUCAAAGCUUACACAUCUCCUGCAAAGCUUUUUAUCUGGAAACUCCAGGACUAUCAUGCUUGUCAAUAUCUCACCCGAUGCAGACCAUUUUAGUGAAACCAUAUGUUCACUUAGAUUUGCAGACAAAGUUGGCCAGUGUAAGCUCGGUUCUAUCAGGCGGAAAGUAACAAGUAUUGUCUCUGGAUAG